AUGCUCCGAAUAACUCGCCAUGCAUUGAGGUCCUUCGCGUACGGGUCGAGGCCCAUCCAAAGACGAAUACCCGUCCGCUAUGCCUCCGUCGCAACGCAGAGCGUGGCGAGCGACGUUGAUGUCGUCGCCGACGCCCCGCCUCCACCACCGAUAACGAGCACAGGAAUUCAACUGCGGGACUAUCAAGAAGAGUGCAUACAGAGCGUCUUGUCCUACCUUGACAAGGGGCACAAGAGGCUUGGGGUUUCGCUGGCAACGGGUAGCGGGAAGACCGUCAUUUUCACGCAGCUCAUAGAGCGAGUAACCCCACCGACCGAAGAUGCGACCCAAACCCUCAUUCUUGCUCAUAGACGGGAGCUUGUCGAGCAGGCGGCGCGCCAUUGCGAAAGAGCAUACCCACAUUUGACAGUGGACAUUGAGAUGGGCAACAGCCAUGCUACGGGUGCGGCUGACAUCACUGUUGCGUCGGUGCAAAGCAUCAUGUCCGGCGAACGUAUAGAAAAGUUUGAUCCGAACCGGUUUAAGCUUGUUCUCGUGGAUGAAGCUCAUCAUAUCGUCGCUCGCAAAUACCUGGAAUGUCUGGAUUACUUCGGAAUAAAGUCCAAAACCAACAACAACGCAGCUUUGGUGGGCGUAUCUGCCACUCUUUCUAGAUUUGAUGGACGAAAGCUAGGUGUGGUCAUUGAUCACGUCGUGUACCACAAAGACUACGUGCAGAUGAUUGAAGACAGCUGGCUGUCGGAUGUUAUUUUCACUACAGUCGCCUCCAAGGUCGACCUCUCUGGCGUCAAGUUGGGCGCAAACGGAGAUUACGCAACUGGUUCAUUGUCGGAGGCCGUCAAUACGGACGAAUCGAACGAGAUCACUGUACGGUCGUGGCUAGCCAAAGCUAAGGCAAGGAAAUCGACUCUGGUAUUCUGCGUUGACCUUGCCCACCUAACUAGCUUGGCAGCCACUUUCCGCAGACACGGCAUCGAUGCUAGGUAUGUUACCGGAGAUACUCCUAACAAAAUCCGCAGUGAGCGGAUCGACGCUUUCAAAAAUUUCGAGUACCCUGUGCUCCUUAAUUGUGGCGUCUUUACCGAGGGCACCGAUAUUCCAAACAUCGACUGUGUCGUCCUUGGCCGACCGACCAGAUCGCGCAACUUGCUCAUACAAAUGAUUGGUCGAGGCAUGCGUCUGUAUCCAGGCAAGAAAGAUUGUCAUGUCAUUGACAUGGUUGCCACACUUGAGACGGGAAUUGUCACUACUCCGACCCUUCUCGGUCUAGACCCCGAUUCCAUACUUGAGUCUGCUACCAUGGACGACACCAAGAAGCUCAAGGAGCGGAAAGAGUUGGAGAAGCGACGCGAAGAAGUGCUGUCUCAGGUUGAUCCGCAGUCAUCGAGGCAUCCCACUAUCAAGAGCACCAUCACGUUCACCGACUAUGCCUCAAUACACGAUUUACUUGAUGAUGCAUCGGCGGACCAGCAUGUGCGUCGAUUGAGCAACUUUGCCUGGGUUUGUUGUGGUGUGGAUCGCUACAUACUUGCUACCCAGGGUCAGGGAUACUUGAAGAUCGAGAGAGACGAAGAGUCUGAACGUUUCACGGUUAAGUACACUGCACUGUUACCCAAGUUCCUGCGGAUGAAGAGCCCGUAUAUGGCGCCCCGGUCGAUUGGAGAUGCAGAAACACUAGAGCAUGCGAUCCGCAGCGCCGACACGUUCGCGUCGGAAACGUUCCCGCUACUGUUUAUUGAGAAAUGGCAGUCGUGGCGCAAGCGGCCGGCGUCUGAAGCACAGCUGGAGUUUCUGAACAAGCGACGCGACGCGAACCACCAGCUGACGCCCGACACAUGCACGAAAGGGCGGGCGCAGGACAUGAUGACACGACUGAAGCACGGCGCAAAGGCGCGUUUCGAGAAGAUACGGGUGCAGAACUCGAAGAAGGAGCGGGAGCGGCGGCAGAUGGAGAAGAUGAACGAGAAGCUCAAUCCUGUAGUGGGCGUGGGCCCGCUCAACGAGCAGUAG